AUGGGGUCGAGACCAGAGGUGGUUGCACCGCCUGAGAUAUUCUACGACGAUGACACAUCACACAAAUAUACCUCUAAUUCCCGUAACAUUCAAAUUCAGGAAUCAAUGUCUGAGCGAGCACUUGAAGUUCUCAAUUUGCCCGAAGAUGGUGUUCCUAAGUUACUCCUUGACAUCGAUCCUAAUUCAAAAAAAGGAAAUUUUAGCAAGAAAAAAAAAAUAAAAGUGAAAAUCCUAAUAAGCUGCAUCUCAGAGUUAUCACUUCUCCUUUUCAAAUCUUCGUCCCAAAUUCACAGAGAUGAAAGUGAAAAUCUUGCAUGGCAUGCUGUUGCUUCAUGGACUUGGGAUGCACAGGAUGAAACAUGUGGGAUUUGUAGGAUGGCCUUUGAUGGAUGUUGUCCUGAUUGUAAACUUCCCGGGGAUGAUUGUCCACUCAUUUGGGGUGCAUGCAAUCACGCAUUUCAUUUGCAUUGUAUCUUGAAAUGGGUGAAUUCUCAGACCUCACAAGCACAUUGCCCAAUGUGCCGUCGGGAAUGGCAAUUUAAAGGUUGAGAGAACAUGGGCAAUGUAUUUUUUUUCUUGGCAAAAUAUGGUAUCUUUGCACAUAAGUGCUGAAAUGUAAUUUGAUCAUUUGUAUUGGAUGCAUUGCUUUUGUAUCAGCUAAUAUACUAUAAUAUCCUUUUUGGUAGUAACCAAUUAUGUAUGGUGCAAUUUAGAAUGUUUUUGGAUGUAAGAAACUGCUUGUAGCUUUGAUUUUGAAUUUAUGUAUGCUCUUAGCGGAUGGAAGAGUUCAACUCAUGAUUACAGCUACUAAAUAAUGCUUUGGCAAGGCAGAAUGAA